AAUCUCUGAGGCAGAGGCGCGGCCAGGGGGCUCCACGUGCUGCCUCCGCCCUCAGGCGCUGCCCCCCGCAGCUCCCAUUGGCCCAGUUCCCGGCCAAUGGGAGCUGCGGAGCCGGCGCUCACGGUGGGGGCAGAGCGCAGAGCCCCCCCCCCGGCCGCCCCUGCGCCUCGGAGCUAGAGGGAGAUGUGCACUAUCGGACUAAUGGUGUCCCGGUCAUACAUCGGUCGGGACCCGGGAGAAAGAGUUAAUUAUCGGCACAGUCUCGAUUUUAUCGGGGCGUCUGGCCACCCUACUCCCCAAUGCCCUUUGACCCCUGACCCCACAGCCCCAAUCCCAGUGAUCUCCCCCCACCCCCACCCCCAGUGGACAUAGACUCUGGAUCUCACCCCACCCAUGGCCCGGAUGUUUUUCCUCCACCUUUGCACCCGUCCCCCAGGCCAGGGCUACGGCCUCCUCCCAAAGCUUUUCACGCCCCUGGUGUGGGUGGCCCCAUUGGGCCCAGCCCAUAAGGGGGCGGGAGGUUGUUUGGGUCUUUGGCUCGUGUCCUUCCACCGCAACCACGGCCUUUGACAAGGCUCGGCACGUAGCCCUGGCGAGAUCUUCCAUGGUGUGCGGCUCCUCUGGGAACCGGCAUGUCAACAGCUGGUCCGUGUGUCUCCGCAGUCCCCUGCAUCUGGGUCGCUAGAAUAGCAGGCUGACUUUCGAGCUUCUCCAGGCUCCAGGUCGACCUAUCGUAAUCAUUCCAUGUUGCUUGCAACCUCUCUUCUGACAUCCAGAGCAGCCAUUCCAGCAGGCACAUAAAGGUUGUUCACACUGCAUUAAACCACCAGACCAGCUGCAAUCCUCUGUUCAGAAGACAAGCUAGGGGCAGAAUAGUGGGAUGUACCAAUGCAUCCCCGGAUGUAGUUCCAACAAUUUGUUGUCCUCACUUGUGAACCGGACAGCUUGUUUUUUCCUUUGCAGACUUUGCCAUCACUCGAUUCGCACUUUGCUCAGCCUGUACGCCGGCGUUCACGGUGAAGGUCAAGCUACGUGCAGCCAGGCAGACAAAUCCGCGUCUCCUGCCCGAAAGAAAUGUAUUCAUCACCUUCUGGGGAUCAGCACCAACUCACUGCAGAUGCAUAACUCCUUGCGCAUUAGCCAUAUGCAGGUUUUGCGAUGAUUAUGGCGCCUGGCAUGAUGCAGGCUUUGAGAAGAGAUCUCACACCACUACCUCUGAGGAACUAUGCAGAAACCAGCCCAGGGAACCCUGUGAUCUCCAGCCAGCCGGCCUCAGCAGCUCCCUGGAUCACCGCGCAUGGGACGACUUGGAGAUUCUCAAGCCAGAAGGGAUCAUUCUGAUCAUCCCGCCUGAGGCCUUCCCGGCCAGGGUCAGGGAAUCCAGCUAGCCAGCCACGCCUGCAGCCAGCCCAGAUCUGGUGGUUGAGCUAGAGAGGCGCUUUUACAAAGAGAUGUCCAGUUGUGAUUUAAAGAACUUUUUGCAGUUUUGCUGUUGCUUUCUCUGCCCUGGGUGGAUUGGGUGUUUGCUCCAACCUUCCCACUCCCCAGCGUCUCUUCACCUCAGUCCCCUCCACCCCCACUCCCCUUCCCUGCCCCCUCACCCCUUCCCUUCUCUUUGCAGUUAACGUAUCCCUUCUGAACUAAACCCACCCCCCCAAAUUAAGAUGCUGUUUACUGCCAUCCCAUUGUUCAGGACUCCUGGAUUCUAACCCUGGCUCUGGGAGGGGAGUGGUGUCUAUUGGUUAGAGCAGGGGGGGGCUGGGUUCUCCCCCCAGCUCAGGAAGGGGGUUGGGUCUAGUGGGUUAGAGCAAGGGGGCUGGGAGCCAGGACGCCUGGGUUCUAUUCCCAGCUCCAGGAGGGGAAUGGGGACUAGUGGGUUAGAGCAGUGCGGCUGGGAGCCAGGACUCCUGGGUUCUGUCUAAUGGUUAAUUCCCCUCCCUUUGAACAAUUUGCACUUUAUUUCUAGCCUGAUUUUCUCUCGUUUCAGUUCCCAGCCAUCCAAUCUUGCUCUGCCUUUGUCUGCUGGAUUAGGGAGCCCUCUGCUCUCAGCAAAUCUCUCCCUGCCGAGGGGCCGAGACAUGGGGGGGGCAGCUGUGCCUGCGUCAGUCAGUCUCCCAGGAGCCCUGUUGUAUAAUGGGAAGGGGGUGCAAUUGGGUUACGUGUGCCCCAGCGCUCCCCGCCGGGGAUUAGAGGUUGAGCAGGUAAUUAGUUAAUUGUGGCCCCUCUGCUUGCAGACUCUUUUGUGCUUCUUCUGGUGCCUUAAUCCCGAAACCAGCAGCUGGAUCAAGCGUUCUCCUGACAACGGCCGGGGCACCGGGGAACUGGCAGGGUAACCGGAGCCUUUGGGGAGAGAUGAAGCCAAAGGCAGAAGCGAAGUGCGGGAGCCCCGGCCGGGCCUCCCGCAGCCCCCGCGUCCCCUUCUCUGCGGCCCAGAUCGGCGUCCUGGAGGGCAGCUACCGGCAGACACGCUACCUGAGCAGCAGGCAGGUGGGGGAGCUGGCCACGCUGCUGGGGCUCAGUGAGACCCAGGUGAAAAUCUGGUUCCAGAAACCAGGCGAGCACGGGAAAGGCGGGACUUCUGAAGGAGCAGCCAUCCAGCAGCACUGCCCUGGAGGGGGCUGAGCCGGCCCAUGUUGCCCCCACUCGACUGGCACCAAUGCCAGGGCCGGGUGGCACCAGGAUGCUGCCACCUUGAGCCACUGUGGCCUCGGGCGUCUGCUCGCAAUGGAGCCAUUUGUGGGUGCAAAGAGGCCUGGAGGUUGCCAUUGGGGGGGCCCUCGGAUUGGGGUGAUGGUCCCCCUAUGGGCUGUGCACCUCCUCCACCCUGUUGUUACAGGGCACCCAUCAAACUCCAGCCCCCCCAAUUGCAAACCGGUCCCCCUCCCUCCCCAAAUCUUCAGCCAGAAUUUGACCCCCCCAGCUGGGAUGUGUACCCCAAACUCUGACUGAGCUUGUGGGGGCAGGACUGACACCCGCAGACACAGGAGCCAUCCGGCCCAGCUGCUUGGUGCCUCCCCUGUGCAACGAAUUGGGGAGGGUCUCAGCCUGGCCCUUUCCCCUGACUCUCUUUCAAAACCAGCCAUUCAAUUAGCACUCCAGGCCAGAGCUUCCCGCUGGCCCACCCUGGGGUCCCUCUCCCCUGGAGCACCCCCUGCUGGGCCCCAUCCCCAGCGCUGACCCGAACCUCCGUUCAAGGGCAAAGGAUGACUGUGCAGAGCAUGGGGGGAGGGGUGGGAGAAGGGCAGGAUGCCCUGGCCCCUGCCUCUGACCUUCAGCCUCUGCCAACUCUUCAGCCAGGGGCAAGGUUUUGGCUUGAACUGAAGGGAUUCGGACUCAGCAGGCGUUACCCUCCCCUGCCACACCCCCCCGCCCCCAGUCUCCCCCACCAGGGGUGAGCCAGGGCUUAGACUGUCCUGUGUCUGUGACACACAAGGAAUCAGAUUCUGAUCGCAGCCACCCCGGGGUCAAUCCAGAGUCACCCCCCGGCUGUAAUGAGUCAGGGCUGAAUUCAGAUCUCAGCCCCCUCCCCCCCGGCCCCCCCGGGGUCAAUCCAGAGUCAACCCCAGGCUGCACUGGGGACAGAGCUGGAAUCAGAUCUCAGCCCAGUGGGGUCAAUUCAGAGUCACCCCUGACUGCAAUGGGGUCAGGGCCGAAUUCAGAUUUCAACCCCCACGUGGUCAAUCUGGAGUCACCCCCGACUGCAAUGGGGACAGGGCUGGAGUCUGAUGUCAGAAAUAGCCAUGUAAAUCUGGGCUCAAUCCACUGAAGUAAAUGGAGUCACUCUGGUUUGACACAGAGACCAGAAACUGUCUUUCUGUCAAAUCCAGCUCUGCUCUAGGGAGCCUGAUUGCCAAGGGGAGCCUGAUUGUGGGGGAGCUGCCCUCAGUCCUGAGAUAUCUGCUGUGGGGCGGGUGUGAUCUGUGUCAUGGGGGGACAAUAAACCCGCUUUGAUCCCAGCA